AAAUAAGUUUUCGAAAGCUUUUCUAGAUUCUCUUUCAUCUUCUCAUUACGCUCUUUCUCAAUCGACAGUGCUUCUUCUUGUACUUCACAGAAUUCCCUCGGGGUUGAAAAUGCGCGAUGCAAUCUAAAUCCACGAUCACCAUCAACCACGAGAACGACGCCGAUGAAUCGAUGGAAGAGUCUGUCUUCGAGCAGAUAUGCGACACGAUAUUCGUUCUGAUACCCGAAGUGCCGCGACUGAAGCAGCUGUUUCUAAGUUGGAGUCAGCUAGGCACCGAAGACAGAGUACAAUUGGACGCCAAAGUGGCCAACUGGUGUUGUCCUAACAGAAGACAGCUUUAUAAACCUUUGCAAGAGGCUUUGGUUCGCUGGGAGACUGUGCAGGACACUCAAGGUGCUCCCGGUUGCGAGCCAGGUAUGGUCUCCUUUUCCUGCGAUCCUCAGUUGGAGGAGGAAUUGGUCAGCGUCAUUUAUAGCCUAGAACUGUUAUUCACGAAAAAUCGAAAAGGUAGAGAGAUCGACAUGGACUACGAGGUCGGUCGUUGCACAGAGCUCAGGAGAGAGAUGUCUUUGAACCUGAACUACGACGGGACUCUGCGCUCGAUUUUGAGCCCCAAAGAUAAAACACCUCAUUCCGUGCACAGUUGCAGUUACAUCGCCGAUUUCAAACGAUCUGACGAGGAUCUAAGCGGUUACCUGACCAAUUAAGAAUCGAUGACGAUUGAACAUUUUUUUUUUAUCCCAAUUUUCGACUUUGCUAAUGAAUUUUUUUUGGAAAAAUUCUGCAAAUAUAAAACGAUAGAUUGUUUCCCCCUCUAUUGGAAAUUUUGUUCAGUUUAUCCUGGAUGAAUUUUCUUUACGACAAUAGAAACGAAGUGACAGUCGAUAGUUGUUAGGGAAUUAGGAAGAGUAUAAUUAGAGUAAUCUUGAGAGAAAAAUAGAAAUAUUAUUUUGUAAAGAGAUACGUACUCUUACGAUGAAAUUCUAAGAAAUAAUCGGAAUAGUUAGUAAGAGAUAAUUUUUUUUUUUUUUUUUUUUUUUCUAAAAAUAGGUACCUUCUUUUUUUUAUCACCCAAAUAUACCUGUUUGCGUCCUCAUCAUUGGUAUAUGAAAUACGUCUGAUCCAUUUAAGAAAAAAAAUUAUAACAUGUUGUUUGCAUUUUUUUCUUUUCAGAAAACUUAUAUUAUUGUAAUAAAUAAACGAAAUAAGAAUUAAAAAAUAUAUAUAAGACAGAGAAGAUUGUGAUUACACAAAAAUUAGUGACAUAAAAUAUUUUAUUAAUCAUCAGUUAUAGAGUCAAGGUGUACGAGCAUACAUUCAAAUAAUACAGGUCAAUCAUUUUACAACGAAAGUUUCAAACAAAUACGCAACAAAAGGUGUCCGGAUCAUAAAUGUAUCAACUCGAUUCGCCGCAUCAUUUAAUCAUCAUUUACCUCGUAUUUAUCCUUCUUUAUAUUCUUUGUUUUAUUUCUUUUUUUUUUUUUUUUUUUUUUUUUUUUUUUUUUUUUUUUUUUUUUUUUUUUUUUUUUUCAUUUCUUUUUUUUUUUUUUUCUUCUCUAAUAUAAUUAUUACACAGCAAUAAUAGGUUCAGGAUGAUGAACACUGCUCCUUACGAGAGAAAGGUAGACGUUAUACAAUACGUGUACAUGAAUUAACCGCGCUUCACGAGAGCAAGGAACACCCCUCAAGACGUGUGCAGAGACAUCCAUACUUAGAAAGAUUGCCCGCAGAAACGUUUAUCCGUAUAUAAAAUAUAUUAUGAACACGCAUAAAAAUCUGU